CUGGCACCAUUCCAUUGAAUUUUGACCAAAAGUUUCCAAAAUUGGAAUUCCUUUAUCUUGCUGAAAAUCAUUUGCAUGGCACCAUUCCACCUUCCAUUUGCAACAUGAAACACUUGUGUACCCUUUCUCUGAGAAACAACAAGCUAUCAGGAGAAUUUCCAAAAGCAUGGAGCCUGUUGCGUAAUAUAAUGAUUGUAGAUGUUGCAUACAACAAUCUCUCAGGCAAUCUUCCCAGUUCAAUGGGUGACUCAUGUUCUCUUUUCAUGUUGAAGAUGAACAACAACAAUUUCGAGGGUGAAAUUCCUUUUUCCUUGCAAACCUGCACUUCUUUGAGGAACAUUGAUCUUGGGAAUAAUAGAUUCACUGGUGAAAUACCUCCAUGGAUAGGAUCAACUGCUUUCUUGGUGUCAACCCUAAGGCUGAGAUCCAAUUUUUUAAGUGGACAUAUCCCACAACAGUUGUGCAAUCUUGGCUACCUUCACAUCCUAGACCUUGCUCACAACAGCUUUUCCGGAACAAUCCCCAAGUGUUUGAAGAAUCUCACUAGUCUCAGAAUCUUUAAUAACAGUUUUUAUAAUAUAUAUAUAGGGUAUGACGAACAAACAACAGUGAUGAGAGGAAGAGAACUCCAAUUAAACACUUCUCUAGUGUAUGUAAAAAGCAUUGAUCUUUCAUCAAAUAGGUUCGAAGGUGAAAUCCCUCAAGAAAUAUGCAGUCUCAUUCUAUUGUUGAACUUGAACUUGUCGAUGAAUCGAUUAAGUGGAAGCAUUCCCACAGAGAUUGGAAACUUGUCGCAGCUCGAGACUCUUGAUCUCUCACUCAACCACCUUUCAGGACGGAUUCCUCAAAGUCUUUCAUCCUUGACCUUCUUGUCUAACUUGAACUUGUCCUAUAACAACUUGAGUGGUGAAAUUCCUUUGGGAAACCAACUUCAAGCACUCCCUGAUUCAUCCAUUUAUGAGGGCAACCCAUUCCUUUGUGGAUUUCCUCUUUCAAUCAAGUGCUUCGAAGAUGGCAAUUCUACUCCCAAGGAUCCAAAAGACAAUGACAAUGAAGAUGGAAAUGAGAAGUUCUGGUUCUAUGUGAGUAUGGCACUCGGUUUUAUCGUAGGCUUUUGGGGUGUUUUUGGCACAUUAAUUGUGAAGAAGUCAUGGAGGUACGCUUAUUUUCGAUGGUUUGAUGAAAUCAAAGAUAAGGCAACGCUAUGUGUGCGUCGUUUGGUUUGCCAAGAGUGAUUUUCAAAAGGGAUUGUAUAUGCAAGUCAUCUCAGCUAUUGC